GUAAAAAUGGAUAAAAGCAAAUUGGAUACAUCUAGGUCAGGGUAUCGUGAGGAUAUCUCUAGUCAUUCUAAGAAAAAUAAGAAAAGAUCAAGUAAAAAAAAUAAUAUACUUGGUUUAUGGAUGAAUAACAUGCAGAACAAUCAAAAUAACGACAUGGUACCUGGAAUGGAGUAUCAGCAUUUAUUAUGGCAGUCCAAUGUACAACAAAACUUUUCGAACAAUGGACAACGUCUUUUUACAACAACAUCCGAUCCUAGCAUGUGUGGCUAUACACAGAUGCCCAUGACAUAUACCAUGGAACCUGUUUCACUUCCAACCAUGUAUAGGUUAUAUCAACCAGUACCGUUUUCUGGCAUUAGAACUGUUCACGGUAGACCUAGACGGCAUUGUAAUCAAAAUUUUCCAAUGAAUUUGAAUAUGAAUUCUAUGGGGAAUGGUUACUCAAGUUUACAAGAAAAUGGAGUAGAAUCUUCUGUGCCUAUUAAUUAUCAAAAUGGAGAUUAUGCAAGCUUGCCACCUACUGGUAACAAGAAUAAUGAAAUAAAUGGGGAUGAGCCAAAUUCAGAGCAUCGGAGGUAUUCAGAUCCUGGUCUUGGAUCCGCAGAAGCUCCAGUUCAAACUCAGAGCGAAGAUUCUGAUAGUAUCGAUAGUGGAAGCUCCAUUACUACAGUUGGACGUAGCAAUAAGCUUGUCUUAUCUCUUAUCGAACAGAUGACAGAACUGAAAAAAGGCAAUAGUCAACUGUUCAAAGAGUUGAAUGAAACAAAAUCGGAACUAGGCAGUAUGAAAGCAAAACUAGCACAAUGUAAAUAUAGCGGCUCUUCAGAUUAUCAACCAGGAAUGUUAUCAGAUUUUAUUCGCGAAAUCAGACAAGCCAACAAAACAUGCGAGGAGGGAUUGAUUUCGAAAGUAAAAUCUAUGGUGGAGGAAAAACUAAACCAAAGGUCGUUAGAAGUGGUAAAUUUAAACAAUCGAAUAAUAAAAUUAACGGAAGAAAAAGAGGAAAGCGACAGAAGAAUAGCAAAAUUGGAGGAGGAAGUGGCUAUGCUGAAGCUGAAUGCAAACAACGAAGAUCGCCGCGAGAUCGCCGCGUUCGAGGAAGAAACUCUGGCGCUGAGACGGGAGCUGCAGGAGGCCCGGGCGUCCAAGUGUCUGGCCGAGGGUCACGUGGCAAAGUGCGUAAACGCAACAUCAGCCUCGCCUGUCGCUACUUUCCAUACUACGCGAUCCUACGUAACCAGCACCCCCGUGCGUACCGCUCUAUCCGACACCUGUAGCCUCAUCCCAUCGUCAUCGACAUCGUCGUUGUCCCUGUUGGCCCCCCAACACCUCGCCUCGUUACUGCGUUCCCGAAACAACGACGACGACGACGACGACGACCACGGCGGCAACAACGCGGAUCACCUGCCUCACCGCCAUUUCGUCUCGGACAAUCCGAUCGUUUAUCGAACCGCUGAUACCACCACCACCACCACCACCACCACAACCACCAUCGUAGCAACCACCUCCUCUUGCCCGUUCGACGAUCAGGGCCCUGAGUUUUCCACCAGCGACGAUCGAUCACUCUUGAUAACGGCCAUCGGUGAUGAUGAUACCACAGCUUUUCAAGGGGCGACUAAUAGCAGUUGUAGCGUUACAGAAGUUGCCUCGUUGGGAGGGAGCUUCAAGCAAGGAAUCGAUCGAGAUCGAGUGGAGAAGGAGAAGGAGAAGGAGAAUGGGGAGGAGGAGGAGGAUACGAGGAUCGUCGAGGAAGAGAACACGACGAAAGGAAACGACGACGAAGAGGACGACGAGGCGAUGGCCACGAAGAAGAAUCCGGAGACGAACGGCAGAUGGAUCGCGGAGAGGAGAGCGAAAGCGACGAGGAGAGAGGAGGAAUCGGGGCGCGGUAAUCAUCAUCAUCAUCAUCAGCAGCAGCAGCAACAGCAGCAUCAUCAGCAACAGCAGUAUCAGCAGCGAGCGGGAUCGAAGAAGUCGGGAAGGAAGAAGAGGGGUAGCUUGGUGUCGAGGAGGUCGUUGAGCGAGGCGGACAAGGUGGCGGAGAGGAGCGAGAUGGGGGGGAGAGACGCGAGGAGAAGGGUGAGCAAGGACGAAGAUCGUGUUCUCGAUGGCGGCGACGACGACGUCGACGACGACGAAACGAGCCGAGCCAUCACCGAGAUCCCGGAAGUGAGCGUAGUCGGUGGUGGCUCCUUCGUGCCGAAAGAUCUCUGCUCGACGGGAAUCCUGACCUCCAGAGUCCUGACAGCACCUUCACGCGCUACCUACACCACCGCCUACAUUUAGGCUACGUACGCGCGGGGCCCCUGCCAAUCAAACGCGAACCAACGAUCGCCGUUGAGCAAGGGGGGCUUCAAGGGCUUGCUAGAGGCUACUACUAUGUACAUGUCGAAUAGCACGUAGGUCUAUCGUUGUUUCACUCUUUCUCUUCUCUCUCUCUAUCUAUCUUUGUCUCUCUUUCUUAUCUUUCCAUUUCGUGUUACGUCUCUUCCUUGCCUCGGAGCGGAUCGCGCUUCCAAUUCCGCUCCGAUUUAUUCCCCUUGGCUCGCCAUCUUCGAAUUACGCGAGCCAAGUAGUUUAAAUUUUCGCGCGAAAAUUUUUUUUUUUUUCUAUCUUCUUCUUUUUUCAAAGUAUUUGUAACGUGCGUGGAAGAGAGU